AUGGCCGCUCAGCCCGCUACGCCAGUGCAGCUCCUCUUCACCCCGCUCGAGAGCGAGCUCCUCAAAGAAGUCCAGGCCCUGCGCCGCGACCCGCCCGCCUACGCCACCCUUCUCGAACAGGAGCGUUUGCCGAUGUAUGAGGCGGAUGGAACGACUCUGAAGGUGGACAAUGAGACGUUCACGCGGACGCGUGAGGGCAAGGCGGCGUGCGAGGCUGCCAUCGCCUUCCUGCGCAGCCAACCGGCCAACACCUUGUCCGAGGUGGUGCCCUCCUACGGCAUGUCCCUCGCCGCGCGCGACGCUGUCGCCACGCAGGGAGCCAGCGGGACUGUGGGCAAUGUGACGGCCGACGGCAAGGAGCUGCCCACGUCGCUGGACCUCAUGGACGAUCGCGGCUACGUGACUGGUAACUCGGCCGAGGUGUGUGGCUACGGUGGACGCAACGGUCGAGCGAUGGUGUUCUCCUUCCUCAUCGGCGAUGGCGACCAGUCACGCACCUACCGCCGCGUGCUCCUCGACCCCCGCUGGGGCGCCAUCGGCAUUGGCGCUGGCGAGCACAAGUCCGACUACAAGGUGAUGGCCGUGCUCAACUUUGCUGAGAAGUACCGUGACAGGGCCUAA